AUGAAGCUGCCCAAGGACACCAGGAACCCUGUGUUCUAUGGGCAGCACCCAGAGAAGAAAGUGCAGUUGCCCUCAGGGCAGGAGAUAAAGCAGACUCCUGCCGUCAUGGCAACGAUCAAAGCGCCUGCAGACUUGAAGCCUGCAAAGACCUGCGCCUCUGAGCUGGAACUUGCAGACAGUAGAAGCUGCUGGGAUUCUUUUAUUGGUCCGGGGCCUGCCAAGUACCUCCGGCCAUCCUGCACCGGCUACGUAGACCAUGACAGCUCCAUGUUCCAGGAGCCAGCUUACACCCUGCACAUCCGGCACUCGCAGAAGCGGAUUGAAGAUGUGUGUACCCCUGGGCCUUGCUAUUCCUUGGAUCCCAAAAUAACCCGGUUUGGAAUGUCCAGCUGCCCGCAGGUUCCCAUGGGGGCGCACCUCUCCAACAUGCGCAUAAGCCCCACCCCAUCCCCCUCCCACUACUUUUUGGAGAAGAUCCCCCCGCCUGGGGAGCGCCGGGCUCCCUGCUACACCAUUGGCUACCGGUGCCCAUACAGAGUGAAGGACCCCAACCCAGCCCCCAACCACUACCAGCUGCCGCUCCUGCUAGGGCUCAAAGUCCCCGCCAACCGAGCCGCCCCUGGCUAUGGCCUGUCCUCCCCGGACAAGAACUGGUUCUACAAGGAGGAUGUGGCUGGGGGCCCUGGACCCGCCACGCACGCCCGGCCCGAGCCGUCCGUCUACCAGCACCGCAGCCCCAGCUACAGCUUGGCCAAACGCUUCGCCUACCCGGUGGACCACACACCUCGGCCCGGCCCCGGCUCCCACGAGGUCCAGCAGGUCACCUUGCACAAGCCCCGCAUCCCCGCUUUCACCAUGGGUGUCAAGCACUCGCCCCACCUGUGCCUGCUGGUCGUCCACAUUCGGGACUGAGGGCCCUCUGGGGGCACUCACCCACCUCAUCCUGCAGAUACUAUUUUUCUACACUGAAUUGAACAACUUGACCAUAAUGUGGAGUAGCAGAGCUGGUGUUGCUGGGUGUUUAG